CAGGUAUGUCCUCACAACUUCUAAACGGAGUCCGGCAUGUCACAGUUUGUCCCUGCCACGAGCCAUUUCCAGUGCUCUGCCGCUGCGAUGGCCAAUGUCGGAGUUCAUGUCAUCUCCAAUGCAGGUGGCCCGGACAGCAUUUUUGAAAAACUUGGUGGGCAAUCAGCGUUGGAGAAGUUCGUAGAUGGCUUUUACGACCUCAUGGCGACGGACCGUGACACCAAAAAGUUCUUCGAGAAUCGAAACCUCAAGAAUUUGAAGAAGCGCACUGUCGACUACCUGGGGGGUCUUUGGGGCGGUGCUGCCUACCGUGGACCUGACCUGUUCCUUGCUCACACAGGCCUUGGCGUCACAGUUCGAAUUUUUGACGUCAUGAUGAAGUGUGCAGAGAAGCAGCUGAAAGUCAUGAAGGUAAAAGGGCAGUUGUCAAAAGACAUUCUAGAUGAUUUGCGAAGUAUGAAGGAUCCGCUUUGUGAUCCCACUGGGCGGUUGGCAAAGGAGAGGCACGCGAAGAACAUGGCUUUAGGUGACCCCUUUGAUGAUGCCGCCAAUAGAGCUGCGCAUGCAGAGAAACAACGCCAAGAUGAGGAACGCCGGAGGAAACUCGCAGAUUUCCGGAAAAAGAAGCAGGAAGAGAAGCAGGCAAAAGACGCUGCUGGAAUCAAGUCGAAGCAGGUAAAGACUGAGGUGGCUUUGACAGGAGAGGCCAAGCCGGUCGAACCUCAAGCUGCGCAAGAGAAGGUUGGCGCUCAAGCCGCAAGUCCUGCUCCCGCUGCAGAGGAGCCUUCUGAGACAGAAUCAGAGGGGUCGGACGACUCUGCGCUCAACGCUCACCUGGUGCUGCUCCAGGGAAAGACCAAAGACGUCGUAGAGAAGUCCGAGGCAGAGGAGAAGGCUGGCAAAGGCAAAGACCGCUUGCAGCAGGAUAGGAUAAAACAGCAAAAACUUGAGUCUCCCUGGGCGCAUUCGGGUGACUCUGGGCUAAUGUCCAUGGAGACAACCGUAGAUCCUGCUGUGGCCUCUGCAUGGUCGGAGGGAAGGGCAACUACAGCCAGAACAGCAGAGUCUGACGAAUGGUCCAGCAUACCUGAGGACUCCUCUGUGGACUCCCUUCCAGAUGCCUGCUACUGCGAACUUAUGGACUGGCGAGUGUCUUUGUCAGAGGACUGUGACUUUGUCGUGCUGGCCGAGGAUGUGAUAGACGCACCUCGGGAAAGCAUGCAGGUGAGACUUCUCUCAGAGCUUUGAGUGCUGCUUGGUGCAACGCUAGUGAAUUCUGGAGCUCUGGAAGGACUUUUUUAAAUCCAUCGUAGGUGAAGGGCACUCUUCACCGAUUUCAAUUGCUCGACCAUGGCGAGCCUUACCGCGGGCUUGGCUUAGCAUGCCUGCUCAAGAGGGCUCCGCUGGGAGCCGAUGAUUGGAACCAUGCAUCAGAAUGCAUCACCUUUCUUUCCACGCCAGGAAAACGCCCUUGGACCUCCAUCUUCCCUGUGCAGCACAUGCGGCGAGGAAGGGCGUCUACUUGAAGAG